AUGGCGUCGGUCUCCGCAACCUCCGCGGCGUCGCUCAACGCGCUCGGCUCGCUCGCAGCGCUCUCCUCGCCGCUGUCGACUGCGGGUGGCUGCGUCGCGAUGCCGUCGCUCCCUGCUCGCCGGAUUGCGGUGCGCGCGCAGGGCGGCGGAAAUGAAGGCCGCAACGAGGGCAGCGGACAGGACGCGUGGAAGCCGCCAUCCGACUGGGACAACGCGUGGGCGGCGUACAAGAAGGCCGGCCCCUCGCCCUCGCAGCGCCUGCGGCAGCAGCAGCAACAGCCCGGCGCGCUCAACAGCAGCAGCGCCAGCAGCAGCAGCGGCGGGCGGGCGUCGUCCGCGCCUUCCCCGCCCUCCCCCCCGCCCAUGGGCGGGCUGUUCGCGCACAUGGAGCAGUACGUGUCGCGGGAGCCGCAGCGCGUGGACUACCCGUUGUCCGAGGAGGUGGAUCCGCUCAAGGUGACGGAGAAGCGCGUGCUGCGCGUGUGGACGGAUCAACGGUUCACGUUCGCGGGAUUCGGCGUGAUCGUAGGGCUCUUCGUGUACAUGGUUGCCAUCAUCGGGCCGCCCUCCGCGUGA